CCUUUAGUUUUUGCAGUAGCCUGCUGUUAAAGUGUCUUUUUUGGUUUUGCUGCCAAUAUUUAACUGUAUUUUGGAAAAACUUCCUACUACUGUUAGAAUUUUCCAGUAAUUUGUUCAGAGUAAAAGUGAAUAAGGAGGCUUGUAUUGACCUUCUCUGUGUUGAAGACAUCUUUGUAGCUCCUUUAAUCUGUUUCUUUGCAUCUUUUUCUUCACUCUGGUGCCAAUAAAUACCUUCACGAUUGAAUAAACACAGAUAUUAAUAACGUCUCUUUGUAAGGAUUUCAUGUCUGCAGUGAUGACCCACAGAAACAGGAGCUUCAUAUCGUUUCAUCUUUCAUGACCUUGCAACUGUGAAGGUGGUGGAAACUCCCGGUGGAGAUACUCUGAUCUCUUUAACCCUACGCUGACAGAUGUGGGCCAGUAGUAAAGAGCAGGUUAAACUACAUCAGCUCUGUAGAGCGUUCAAUCUCUGCUGCUGUCUGGAACUGACUUAUCUGGUUUCAGUAUGAUUCUGAAAAUUCAAAUGCUAAAGUUUUCUGAAAAUCAGAGUCAGAUGUUUCCCAGGAUAUUUCCCACUAUAUUUUGUCCAUCACUCAUUGUAGAAAACCAUCAAACGCUCUAAUCCUGUUGUAUACGUUUGGUCUUGGUUCCAUUGAUGCUGAACACAAGUUGCCUCACACCAUUAACGCCAAAGAUAUCUGUCCUCUCAUACUGACAGAGGGCUAUUUUGGAGGCCAGUAUGUGGGGAGAGAUAUGUCAGCUGUUCAGCACUAUGCUCCAUCACAGAAAGGAAAAACAGAAAGCACUACAGGCUGUCAAGUUUGGGGAGUGGGAUGCAACGAGUGAACCUGGACAUGCUCUUCUCUGGCUGAACGUUUGCUGCUAAUCUUUAAGGAUUUGUGAGAAACAAGACAAGACUUGGACUGAUCUGUGGCCAUGGUGGAUGUUUAAUCUGGGCUUCUGUUUUUGGUGAUUGGUGCUACAAGUUGGUAUGCAGGGAUGGAUUCUUUCUAGAAGACGUCUUGGCUGAAGGUGUUUGUGAUCUGAUGUUCUAGCUGUUAUUUCUGUUGAUUUUUAUUGAACAUGGUGUCAAUGGAAACUUUUUAAAAAGUGCAUCACGUUUAAGAAUGUCUGCAGAACUCUGUCCAUGAUGUUCAUUUUACAGGUUCUCUUGGUGUAGAUUGUAAUUGUCAUAACAGAUCCAUGUAUAAUCUAGAUUAGCGUUUGCGAAGACAAAGUCAACGUGCGACGCGUCAUGAAGUGCCUUUAUAGAAGAACUGAUGUCAUUCUUGGAUGACAAAACAUCUCGACCACUAAGUGUUGCCUGAUCUCAGAUAUCAGAUCAAUCGGUUUGGUGAUUGGCAGCUCUCGUUGUGAAGCUUCCUCUUCUUCUGAGUUCAGUCCUGCAGCCUUCUGGAGGCAGCUGAGUCUAUAUCGGUGGCGCUGAGCUCAGCCCAGUGAGGUGACAGGGAUUACCGAGGUCUUCAUUACUGAGGAGGUCUGGCAUGCCGUCACGGGAUCAAGGCUGAUAGCAUUCGUGUCCAUUUUGAUCGGCUGCUGUUGCCAUUUUUAGAAGAGUUUGAAGCGUCAUUAGCCUGAGAGGAAAUUAUUAUGCAGACAAAACAAAAUGUGGAGGAUUGUUCCCAUGGGUGCAACAUCUGCAGCUAAAUGUUUUAGCUUCUGUUUAGGAAUUAGGUCCUCUCUUCUGUGCAGAAUAGUUUUAAUUCAACCACAUUAGAUGUUUUUUUUUAGUAUAAACUGUCCUUUUAAGGUCCUUCCACAGCCUCUGAACUGGAUUCAGGUCCAGACUUCAAAACCUUAAUUUUGUACUUUUUGAGCCACUUAAGGUGGACUUCAUUGUGUGCUUGGGUCAUUGUCAUCCUGCAUAAACCAUUUGGUGGAUGUUUUCCAGGAGGAUUUUCUGAUAGAACAGAAUUCAUGGCUCCAUCCAUUAUGAUGAGUCGUCCUUGGAAGAAAAGCAGCCGCCACCAUGUUUCAUUGUUUUAUCACAUUUUUCUUGUGGAAUGAAGUAUUAGCUUAAUGCCAGAUGUAACGUGUAGAUUUUCAGUUUAUAUAAUUUUUAGCCUGAGAGGAAUUUGUUGUGCAAAUGGACUUAAUUUUCCAACAAAAUAUCUCAGCAAACUGUGCUGGACUGUACCUGAAAAUUGUAGAGAAAGGACUGCAGAUGUUUUCUGCUCGCCUGCUGUUGCCACUGCAAUCAACAUUAACUGUAGAUUAUAAAAUAUUCUUCACAUAUUACUGUGACUUGCAGAUGUAUAUACCAUAAAUAACGAUCUUAGCAAAACAAUAAGCUUUAGGGAACCUGUGUCCGAACUCUUCAUGAUUCAGAAUUGACCUCUACCAACUUUUAAAAAUACCCCCAACAAUAGAGGAAACGGGAUAAAUGAGGUUAUUUAUUUAUGGACUGGGAACAGUUGCAGUGUAAGGCAAAUUGUGGAGUAGUAACUAUAUUGUAGAGACCAAACUGUAGCAUUAGCACCUUUAAUUUCCAUAGUACUCUACUGUUUUAUUGACAUUUUUGUUUUCGUCUCCCAAAAAGCACAACAUUUUACAGUAUUUUAGUGUAUUUUGGAGGAACUACGCAAGACAUAUAUACGAUUAAUAACAAGCUUAGCCAAUAUUAACCUUUAGGAAACAUGUAUCUUAACCCUGUAUGAUUCAGAUAAAUAAUAAAGGACAUAGGAAAAUAUGCAUUUAUGGAUUGGACAAAGUUGCAUUUUAAGGCAAAUGUUCAGGACUGAAUGACUGGAUUUUUUUUUUUCUGAUCAUGGUAUGAAUCCCAGACAUUACCUGAUUUAUAUUCUAUUGUAGGUGCAGCCUGUUACUGUGGUAUAAAACAAAGAUUCCUCCAUUAUCCAGAAAGACGACAUGGAAGACAUUCCUGGAGGGAUAGUAGCAGCUGCCAAAAACCGUCUGCAGGUGUUGAAGGGUUUGGAGGAUGUGGAGGUCCCGGAGUGUGAGAGCUGCUCCUUCGAGGUGACUCUGAACCUGGCUUUCAUCGAGGGAGUGUGGACCAGAGAUGGGACACAGCUCAGGUCCAAGCCCAACUGUCGCAUCAGCACUCAUGGGAAGAAACACUCGCUUAUUCUGAAGAGGGUGGCUCUGGGAGACGCUGGGUUGUUCGCUUUUGAGGCCAGCGGUGUUCAGACCUCAGGACGACUCCAUGUCAAAGCUAGAGACAUCCACAUUGUGAAGGAGCUGGAGGAUGUUGAUACAAUGGAGCGUCAGCCCGUGAACUUCCUGUGUGAGGUCAACCAGGUGGAUCUGGAUGGUCGGUGGUACAGAGAUGACUGUCGCAUCCGACAUGGAGACAGCGUGAAGAUCAGACACCAGGGUAAAACUCACACCCUGUUCUUCAAGUCAGUCAGACCAGAACAUGCAGGGGAGAUCAGAUUCACUGCAGAACGAGUCUCAUCCUAUGCAACUCUCACAGUGAAAGAGCUUCCAGUCCAGAUCAUACGUCCUCUAAGGGUAAAGAUAGCCAUGUAUCGGCACCGAGGUCUGCUCGAGUGCCAGGUUUCCAGACCUAAUGCUCAGGUCAGGUGGUACAAGAACAGGAAGGAGCUCCUGCCCAGCAAAAAGUACCAACUAAUCAACCAAGAUGUCUACAGGCAGCUGACCAUUGAUGACGUCUGCUCUUCAGAUGAAGACACCUACACGUGUGAUGCAGGAGAUGAUAAAACGUCUUGUCAACUUCUGGUGGAGGAGCAGGCUAUCACCAUCGUGCAGGGGAUGAAAUCAGUGGAGGUGAAAGAGCCGGAGCCGGCGCUGUUCCAGGUGGAGACUAGCCUGAAGUCAGGGAGGCCUCCGAGGUGGACCCUGAACGGUGAAAUUCUGGAGCCGUGUGCUGCAGUGAACAUCGACAGGGAAGGAACCGUCCACAGCCUCCGUCUGACUUCCACAGAAGCCUCCAUGUCCGGUCCUGUUGUCUUUGUGGCCGGAAAGAGUCGAUCCACUGCCCAGCUGACUGUGAAAGAGCGCCCUCUUCAGGUUGUCCACCACCUGGAUGAUGUAGAAGUGAAGGAGAACAGCUCUGUGACUCUGAGCUGUGAGUUCGCUCCAUCUCCGAGGGCGGUUCGCUGGUUUAAAGGUCGCACAGCCCUGAAGACCUCCAACAAAUACAGCAUGAAGAGGGAAGGGAAGCGAGCAGAGCUGGUCAUUCACGGCCUGGUAGGGAUGGAUUCAGGACAGUACCACUGCAUGGCUGGAGGUUCUCAGAGCACUGCACACGUCCAGGUAGAAGUACGAAGACUGAAGUUGGUGAAACACCUGGAGCCAGUGGACAUGGAGGAGGACGGCAUCGCCAGGUUCACCUGUGAGCUGAACUACGUGGUGGCCAACGUGGAAUGGCUCCUCAACAACGUCCGCCUCUAUUCCAACGCCAUCAGCAGGAUCCAGCACAUGGGCACCAUGCACAGCCUCGUCAUCAAGAAGCUCCGGCCUCAGGAGAGCAGGCUCACCUUCAAAGCUGGACUUCUUAGCGAAACCACAACCUUAAAGGUUAAAGAACGCCCAGCGGUGUUCCUGAGGUCUCUGGAGGAUGUGGUUGGGGAGGAACAAGGAGAGGUUUGUCUCCAGUGUGAAAUUUCCAAGGAGACGGUGUCCCCUGUGUGGAGGAAAGAUGGUGUCGUCCUGAUAGCUGAUGAUAAACAUGAGCUGCUGCAGUUUGGGAAGUCCAUGGCGCUGAUUAUCCAUUCACUGACUAAAGAUGAUUCUGGACAGUACAGCUGUGACCUGGGAACCAGUCAGACCAAGGCUAAAGUUACUGUACAUGAUUUACACAUCACCAUUGUCCAGCGCAUGAAGACAACCUCAGUCCUGGAGGGCGAAAACUGCACCUUUGAGUGUCAUCUCUCUCACGAUCUCGAUGAUGAACCCUCCUGGUCCAUCAAUGGUCAGCUGGUGGUAACCAACAGUCACAUUCAGCUCAUCAGCAACGGACGAAAGUAUAAGAUGACCAUUAGAGAUGCUGUUCUGACGGACGCUGGAGACGUGGUCUUCACAAUUAAAGACUUAACCUGUAGGACGAUGCUCUUUGUGAAAGAGAAGCCAGUGCACAUCUUCAGGGAACUGUUGAGCGUGAAGGCAGUUCCUGGUGAGGACGCCGAACUGAGCUGUGAAAUCACCAAACCAGGAGUCACCAUCCGCUGGCUGAAGAAUGGACAUCUCAUCAGGGAGAACCCCAAGUACCAGAUGAGCGUGGAGAAGAACCUGGCUCGACUUCUCAUCAAGAACACCACCAUCAGAGACUCUGGAGAGUACUGCUGCGAGGCCGAGGGAGUCGCCUCCCGCGCCAAGCUGGAGAUCAGAGAGCUCCAGCACACAUUUGCGAGGGAGCUGAAGGAAACCCGAGGCGAGGAGAAGGGGAAGGUGACCCUGGAGUGUGAGACCCGGCGGCCGGCCCAGCGGGUGACCUGGCUGAAGGGCAUGGUGGAGCUGAGGGCCGGCAGGAAGUACGUCAUCAGGCAGAAGGGCGUGGUGCUGUCGCUGACCAUCACCUGGCUGGACAAAUCCGACACCGAUGUUUACACCUGCGACGUGGGCACCAUGCAGAGCCGGGCGCAGCUGACGGUGCAGGGUCAGAGGGUGUUGAUCCUGGAUGAACUCGAAGACGUCGAGUGUCUCGAAGGCGACACGGUGACGUUCAGGUGUCGGAUCUGUCCCAGCGACUACACCGGCGUCAAGUGGUAUCUGGACGAGACGCUGCUUUAUACCAACGAGCUCAAUGAGAUCCAGAUGAUUCCUGGAGGAUUCCACACCCUGACGUUCAGGCAGCUUGCCCGGAAAGACACCGGCACCAUUUCAUUUGCAGCCGGAGACAAGAGAUCCUACGCUUCUCUGUUGGUUAGAGAGAGGCGUCCCACCAUCAUUAAGUCGCUGGAGGACUGUGAAGCUAUUGAAGGAGGCGGUCUGGUUUUGUCCUGCGUCGCCUCCAAGCCCUGUCACAUCCUGUGGUACAAAGAUGGAUGCCUGAUGUGGAACUCCUCCAGAUACUUCGCCAGUCGGUCUGGAUGUGAAGCUCGACUGACCAUUCGGGAGGUCUGCAGCGGAGAUGCUGGAGUUUAUGAGUGCAGCGCUGGAUCCGUCACAACCAGAGCUGUAGUCACUGUUAAAGCCAUCCCAGCAGAGUUCACUCAGCUUCUGACGACUCUGGAGGCCAAAGAAGGAGAAUCUGUGACUCUGACCUGUGAAUACUCUCUACCUGGAGUCCAGGUCCACUGGAGGAAAGGUUUGGAGAGCAUCAGAGCUGGAGACAAGUACGUGAUCAAACAGAGGAGGACCAUCAACUGUCUGACCAUCAAAGCCCUGAAACCCGAGGACUCAGGAGAUUAUUCCUGCCAGUGCAGAGAGCACCAGACAUCAGCCAGCCUCACAGUCCACGCUAUUCCCAUCACAUUCGUCCAGCAGCUGAAGAACGUGCAGGCGGAGGAGGGCAGCAGUGUGAUUUUACGCUGCGAGAUCUCCAAACCUGGACUCCCAGUAGAAUGGAGGAAGGAACAGGAGCUGCUGAGGAACGGCGUCAAGUUCCAGAUCAGAAAGAGAGAAACCUCCUUGGAGCUGCUGAUAUGGAAGCCUGUACCUGAAGACAGCGGUGUUUACAGCUGUGUGUGCGCCGAUCAGAUGACGUCUGCUAGCGUCAGAAUCACUGCUCUUCCAGUCACCUUCAAGCAGAAGCUGAGGAACGUGAGCGUGGAGGAGGGAAACACCGCCACGCUUCGCUGUGAACUUUCCAAACCCGGUCACUCUGUGGAGUGGAGGAAACGAGGAGAUGAGGUGAUCAGGAAUGGAGAGAAGUAUCACGUCCGACAGAGAGACAUGCUGGUGGAACUGAGGAUCUUUGACGUGACGCUGGAGGACAGCAACAUCUACACCUGCAUCUGUGGAAGCCUGGAGACCACCGCUACCCUCACCGUGAAUGCUCUUCCCAUCACCUUCAAGCAGAAGCUGAAGAACCUCCAGGUUGCAGAAGGAAACAGCAUCACACUGAGCUGUGAGAUCUCUAAACCUGGAGUUCCUGUGGAGUGGAGGCUGGGAGGAGAUCAGCUGGAGAAUGGAGAGAAGUACCAGAUCAAACAGAGGGACUCGGUGCUGGAGUUAACCAUCAGAGACGCUUCACCUGAAGACAGCGGCGUCUACACCUGUGUGUGCCGAGAGCAGAGGACCAAGGCCACCGUUAAAGUUGUUGCGGUUCCAGCCACCUUUAAAACGAGUCUGAAGAGUCAGGAGGCCGAGGAGGGAAGCAGCGUGACGCUACAGUGUGAGCUAUCCAAGAAAGGAGUCCCGGUUCAGUGGCAGAGAGACGGUCAGGUUCUUUCUGAGGAGGUUUCUAGAGGAAAAUACCAGGUAAAGCUGGAAGGAAGGACGGCUCAGAUGACCAUUGUAAACGUUCAGCCAGAAGAUGCAGGAAAGUACAGCUGUAUCACAGGAGACGAGAAAAGCACGGCUGAAGUCAAAGUCAGACAACUUCCUGUGAUGUUUAAACGGGAGCUGCAGCGUCUGGUGGUUAAAGAAGGCGACAGCGGAGUUUUCUGCUGUGAAAUCUCCAAACCUGGAGCUCCAGUGGACUGGAGGAAAGGAAGAGUCGUCCUGAAACCUGGAGAGAAAUACGAGAUGAAGCAGGACGGACGACUCACCAAACUGAUCAUCAACAACGUGGAGGAGAGCGACGCUGGAAAAUACACCUGCAAGACCAAAGACAGCCAAUCCACUGCUGAGCUCACAGUCCACGAAUCAGACGAACGCAGACGACAAAGAGAAUUACCUCCGAGCUUCAAGCUGCCUCUGGUCCAGCAGGAGGUGACUGAAGGCAACAGUGUGGUUCUUCGCUGUGAACUCAACAAACCUGCCGCCUCGGUGGAGUGGAGGCGAGGAGGAGGAGAGCUGCUGAAGAACGGAGACAAAUACCAGAUGAGGAAGAAGGAUCUGCAGGUGGAGAUGAAGAUCUCAGACCUGAGCGUGGAGGACAGUGGAGAUUAUAACUGCAUCUGUGGAGAAGAGACGACGACGGCGAAGAUAGUGGUGAACGAGCGUCCUGUUAAAUUCCUCCAGGAGCUGAAGAACAUCCAGGUCCAGGAGGGUACCGGAGUGUUGCUGUGCUGUGAGCUCUCCAGACCAGGCUUCCCGGUGCAGUGGAGGAAAGGCGACGACGUGCUGAGCAGCGGAGAGACAUACCAGAUGAAGCAGAACGGGUCCAUGAUGGAGCUCCUGAUCAGGAAAAGCCUCCCUGAAGACAGCGGCACAUACAGCUGCAUCUGUGAAGACGUAAAAACCUCUGCAACCGUCAUCAUCACCGCGAUCCCAGUGACCUUCAAGCAGAAGCUGAAGAACCAGGAGGCAGUGGAGGAAGGUUCUGUGACGCUACGCUGUGAACUGUCCAAGUCUGGAGUCCCGGUGGAGUGGAGGAGAGACGCUCAGCUGCUGAAGGACGGAGAUAAAUACCAGAUAAAGCAGGAAGGCAGAGUAGCCGAGCUGCUGAUCACAAACUUAAUUCUGGCAGACGCUGGAGAAUACAGCUGUUCUGUUGGAUCUACUGGGACUUCAGCCGACAUCAGAGUCAGACCUCUUCCUGUGACAUUUGAGCAGGAGGUUCAGAAUCUGGAGGUUAAAGAAGGCGACAGCGGAGUUUUCUGCUGUGAAAUCUCCAAACCUGGAGCUCCAGUGGACUGGAGGAAAGGAAGAGUCGUCCUGAAACCUGGAUAUAAAUACGAGAUGAAGCAGGACGGACGACUCACCAAACUGAUCAUCAACAAUGUGGAGGAGAGCGACGCUGGAAAAUACACCUGCAAGACCAAAGACAGCCAAUCCACUGCUGAGCUCACAGUCCACGCUCCUCCUGUUACCUUCAAGACGAAGCUGAGGAACCAGCAGGUGGAGGAGGAGAGCAGUGUGACGCUGAGCUGUGAACUUUCUAAAGCCGGCGUCUCCGUGGACUGGAGGAAAGGAGAAGAGCUGCUGAAGAACAACUUUAAAUACCAGAUUAAAGCCAGAGGGGGCGCCAUGGAGCUGAUCAUUAGGAGCAGUCAGCUGGAGGACAGCGGCGUCUACAGCUGUGUGUACGGAGACAUCAGGACCACGGCCAGCGUCACCGUCACACCCAUUCCCCUCACGUUUAAGAUGGGCCUGAAGAACCAGGAGGCCCCAGAAGGAGGCAACGUGUCUCUGCGCUGUGAGCUGUCCAGAGCCGGGGUUCCGGUCCAGUGGUGGAAAGGAGAGGACCAGCUCUACGGCGGAGGAAGGUUCCAGAUGAGUCUGAAGGGGAAGAUCGCUGAGAUGAGCAUCAGAAACAUCCAGCCGGAGGACGUGGGCGAGUACAGCUGCAUGUUCGGAGAGCAGAAGACCACCGCCGAGGUCAACGUCAGAGCUGCAGCUUCAGUCUUCUUUGAGAAGGAGCUCCAGACCCAGGCGCUGAUGGAGGGGAAGUCUGCGCUGCUGUCCUGUGAGGUGUCCAGCGCUAACGUCCCCGUCACCUGGAAGAAGGACAACAUGGUGGUGGAGGAAGGAGGGCGCUACAUCGUGAAGAAGAAAGGCCCAACGCACACUCUGGAGAUCCAGAAGCUUCAGCUGGAGGAUGCCGGAGAGUUCAGCUGCAUCACCAGAGGCAAGAAGACCACGGCCAAGCUGAUAGUGAGGGAGCGCGUUCGGAUCGUAGCCCAGCUGCGGGACGUGACGGUGACGGCUGGAGAGGACGCCACGUUUGUCUGCGAGCUGAGCCACGCCGAUGUGAGCGACGGCGUCUGGUGGCUCGGCUGCAGCCCUCUGCAGAAGAACGAGAUGAACCAGAUGACGUGUCGCGGCCGGCAGCACCGCCUGGUCCUCACCAUGACCACGCCCGAGGAGACCGGCACCGUGGCGUUUGUGAUCGGGGAGGAGAGAACGUCUGCCCAGCUGCAGGUCGUUCCUAAAGCCAAAGUUGUGUUCGAGGAGAAGCCCAAAGAUGCCGUGGUGAUGGAGGGAGAAACAGCCACUCUGAGCUGCACCACCUCUGACCUCAUCACCACGGUUACCUGGAGACGCAACCACAUCCCCCUCCAGGACGGAGACAAAUACGAGCUGCGUAAAGAAGGAAAAGUCAACCUGCUGCUCAUCCAUAGCGUGGACUGUCUGGACACCGGAACGUACUGCUGUGACACCGGAGACGAGCAGAGCAGCGCCAAACUCACGGUGACAGAGCUGCCUCCGUUCUUCCAGGAGGAGCUGCAGAGUGUAGAAGCUGAGGAAGGAGCUUCGGCGUCGCUCUACUGUGAACUGUCCAAACUGGGAGUUCCCAUCCAGUGGAAGAAGAACCGGCAGCCGCUGAGAAACAGCAGGAAGCACGAGAUGAGGCAGGACGGAUGCUUCCUGCAGCUCCGGAUCAGAGAGCUCAGACCGGAGGACAGCGGCAGCUACUCCUGUCAGGCAGGAAACGCAGAAACCACGGCGACCGUGACGGUGACAGAGCUUCCUCCGUUCUUCAAGAAAGAGCUGAGAGGUGUGGAGGUUGAGGAGGGAGCUUCAGCCUCUCUGUGCUGUGAACUGUCCAAACCUGGAGUUUCAGUUCAGUGGAAGAAGAACAGACUUCCUCUGAGAGCUAACAGGAAGUACGAGAUGAAGCAGGACGGCUGCAGCUACCAGCUGAUCGUCAGAGACCUGAAACCUGAAGACAGCGGCUGCUACACCUGUCAGGCAGGAAGAGCAGAAACCACUGCAAGCAUGAAAGUGAAAGAGCUGCCUCCGUUUUUCAGAAAGGACUUGCAGAGCGUGAAGGCAGAGGAGGGAGCUUCAGCCUCUCUGUGCUGUGAAGUUUCCAAACCUGGAGUUUCAGUUCAGUGGAAAAAGAACAAGCUGCCUCUGAAAGCCAACUGGAGGUACGAGAUGAAGCAGGACGACUGCACCCUGAUCCUCCACAUCAAAGAUCUGAAACCAGAAGACAGUGGAAGCUACAGCUGUCAGGCAGGAGCUGCAGAAACUACUGCAACGGUUUCAGUGAAAGAGCUGCCGCCGCAUUUCAUCGAAGAAUUACAAAAUGUGAAGGCAGAGGAGGGAGCUUCAGCCUCUCUGUGCUGUGAACUGUCCAAACCCGGAGUUUCUGUUCAGUGGAAGAAGAACAGACUUCCUCUGAGAGCCAACAGGAAGUACGAGAUGAAGCAGGACGGAUGUUUCCUGGAGCUCAACAUCAACGAUCUCCAACUGGAGGACAAAGGAAGCUACACAUGUCAGGCAGGAAAUGCAGAAACGGCUGCAACUGUGACAGUCACAGAGCUUCCACCGUUCUUCAAAGAAGACUUGAAAGCUGUAGAUGUGGAGGAGGGAGCUUCAGCCUCUCUUUGCUGUGAAGUUUCUAAACCUGGACUCUCAGUUCAGUGGCAGAAGAACAAACUUCCGCUUAGAGCUAACAGGAAGUACGAGAUGAAGCAGGAUGGAUGUUUCCUGGAGCUCCUCAUUAAAGAUCUGACACCUGAAGACAGUGGAAGCUACAGCUGUCUGGCAGGAGCUGCAGAAACUACUGCAUCUGUAACAGUAAAAGAGCUGAGUCCAUUCUUCAAGAAGGACUUGGUAAAUAUGGAGGCAGAGGAGGGAGCUUCAGCCUCUCUGUGCUGUGAGGUUUCUAAACCUGGACUCUCAGUUCAGUGGAAGAAGAACAAACUACCACUUAGAGCCAACAGGAAGUACGAGAUGAAGCAGGACGGAUGUUUCCUGGAGCUCCACAUUAAAGAUGUCACACCUGAAGACAGUGGAAGCUACAGCUGUCAGGCAGGAGCUGCAGAAACCAGUGGAGCUGUGAAAGUGAAAGAGCUCACUCCAUUCGUGAAGAAGGACUUGGUAAAUGUGAAGGCUGAGGAGGGAGCUUCAGCCUCUCUGUGCUGUGAACUGUCCAAACCUGGAGUUUCAGUUCAGUGGAAGAAGAACAAACUUCCUCUGAGAGCCAACAGGAAGUACGAGAUGAAGCAGGACGGCUGCAGCUACCAGCUCAACAUCAAGGACCUCCAACUGGAGGACGGUGGAAUCUACACAUGUAAAGCAGGAGCUGCAGAAACUACUGCAACUGUGACAGUCACAGAGCUCCCUCCAUUCUUCAAGAAACAAUUACAAGAUGUGGGACCUGAAGAAGGAGCUUCAGCCUCUCUGUGCUGUGAACUGUCCAAACCUGGAGUUUCAGUUCAGUGGAAGAAGAACAGACUUCCUCUGAGAGCUAACAGGAAGUACGAGAUGAAGCAGGACGGAUGUUUCCUGGAGCUCCAUAUUAAAGAUCUCACACCAGAAGACAGUGGAAGCUACAGCUGUCAGGCAGGAGCUGCAGAAACCAGUGGAACUGUGAAAGUGAAAGAACUUACACCAUUCUUCAAGGAAGAAUUGCAGACUGUGGAGGUUGAAGAAGGAGGUUCAGCCUCUCUGAGCUGUAAACUGUCCAAACCUGUAGCGCCGGUUCAGUGGAAGAAGAACCGACUGCCUGUGAGUGCGAGUUCAAAGUUUGAGGUGAAGCAGGACGGCUGCAUCCUCCAGCUCAACAUCAAACAUCUCCAACCUGAAGACGGUGGCAGCUACACCUGUCAAGCAGGACGUUUGGAGACGACUGCGACUGUAACAGUGAAAGAGCUCAGUCCAUUCUUCAGCCAGCAAUUACAGGAUGUGGAGGCUGAGGUCGGAGCUACAGCUUCCAUGUCCUGUGAGGUUUCUAAACCUGGAGUUUCAGUCCAGUGGAAGAAGAACAAACUACCAAUAAGAGCCAGCAGGAAGUAUGAGAUGAAGCAGGACAGCUGCCGUCUUCAGCUCCACAUCAAGGAUCUCAAACCUGAGGACGGCGGCAGCUACUCGUGUCAUGCAGGAACCACAGAAACCAUUGCAACUGUUUGUAUAAAAGAGCCAACUCCACCAAAGGAAGAACCUCCAACCAUCCAGCCAAGGGUGAAAGCUGCUGUCUCCAAACCAGCUGAAGAAAAAGAGACUCCUGGACUCCCAGAGACCAAACCUGUUCCUCCUGAGCCCAAAAAGAGGCUUCACAGGAAAGCAUCUAUUGUAAGUUUAGAAAAAGAUGUAGAGUCAGUGUUUGACUUGAAGCCGUCUGUGCAGAAGGAGAAUAAUGAAGUCCAGAAGAUCAUCCAGUCUGCAAGAUCUGUGGAGAAAGACUCUGGUGUUGCGCAGAACGUGACACAAGUUGAGAAGAAUGAAGAGAAAGACAUUGAAGUGAAUAGGAAAGCUGAUAAACCAGCGAGACUAUCAGAGAAAGAUCAUAGAGUUGACAGGAAGAUCGAAGAACCUGCGAGCAGUUGGGAAACAGAAAAUGGAGUUUUCCUGGAGACGAAGCGACCUGGAAGAAAAGGGGAGGAAUCAGUUAAAGUUGACCAGAAAGCUGAAAGACACACUGACGCUGUGGUUGAAACUAAACAAAAGAAGCAAGAAAUUGUGCAAGACGUAAAGGCAUCAGAGAAAACAAGUGAAGCUGACAAGAAGGUGAAACAUCCAGGAACGGGACAAAGAAUGAACAACCAGGAUGAAAACCACCCCAUGAAAGCUCCAGAAAAGACGAUUAGAAAAGAAACGACGAAGGAACAAGAUGUGAGAUCUGCUGAAAAUGAAAGUGAAGCAGAGAAGAUAGAAGAGGAACCUUUGAAACCACCAACAAGAUCUAAAGUAAAGGGAACAGAAGUAAAACAGCAAGUCAAGUCUGCUUUAAAAGAAAGUGAGGAGAUCCUUCCAGAGGUGGUAAAAGCUGCUCUGAAUGAUUUUGAAGAUCAUGUGACUAAAAGAGAGUCCACAGAGACAGAAAGAGAGAAAAAGCCUCUGAAACUAACACCUUCUGUAAAUCAACUGGGCAAACAGCCAGAAAAAAUUAUGGAAAAAGAAGAUGAGUUUGUCCCUCCUAAGCCACCUACAAGGACAAAAGGCAAAGCAAAAGGAGGAUUUGAAAAACAAGCAUCAAGAGACACAGAAACGGAUCAAGAUGAGCAACAGCCAACAAGACGUCCAGUAAAAACAACUGAAGAGCAGCCAGUAAAACAGGUAGUAAAGCCAACGAGAAAAGAAGACAAAGAGAAACCAAUAUCAGAGAGUAAGCCGUCAGUACCAACAGAUACAGAAACUAUUGAGAAGAUAGAGCCGCCUGCCAGAUUUGCAGAGAAAGAAGCCAAAGUGCCAAUAAAACAACCAGUUAAACCAAUGAGGAAAGAACCUGACGUGGACCAGGAGGUGAAACUGGCAGUCGAACCGAUUCGACGGGAGGAAGAACAACAAACGACAAAGAUGGCUGAAGACAUUCCUCUACUCUACAUAUCUGAAGAUGAAACUUUCUCAGAGGCUUUGACUGAGAUCCCAACCAACCAUAUCAAUGUCCAGCCUGUUGAUUUUCCUCUUCCUGCAGAAGAACUUCUACUGGAGAAGACUCAGCCGUCCAAAGGCUUCCCACCAGGAAUCGACAUCAACGUCGAGGAUGAACCACAACUGCAAGAGGCUGCGGUCAAGAUCCAGGCUGCUUUCAAGGGCUACAAAACCCGUAAAGACAUGCGACCCGUCUUUAAGGAGGUGUUCAAGAAUCAGAGCGCAGAUCUUCAUGGUACUCUCACUCUGAGGUGCUCUGUAGAAGGAAAACCCAACACCGUGCUCUGGCUGAAGAAUGGACAACUGAUAGCUAAUGACCAGCGCUGUCGGACUCAGAUGACGGAGAACGGAGAGUGUUUGCUGGUGAUCAAAAACCUGAUCAGCUCCGACAGCGGAGUUUACACCUGCGAGGCGGUGAAUAAGUUUGGCGUGACGUCCUACAAUGGAAACGUGACCGUAGUGCAACCGACUCCACAGAGGCCUGUACAUCCACCACUCGCAGCUAUAACUCCUUUGCAGCUCGCACCCACUAAACCUGAAGCCAAACCUCAAAAUCAGAGCCAAGAAACCUCAACAGAUGCUGUGAACUAUGUAGAAAGUGUGAGCGUCUCUCUGUGGGAGGCCUUCAACCUGACAGACCCGGACACUCAGAUGAACCUGCAGGAGAAAAGACGCUCAUCGCUCCUCGCCAGCUCCAUGUCGAGUCCUUCUGAUUAUGACACGGCUCCUGAUAUAAUGGAACCUGCAGAGACCAGCCCAGGCCUACCACGGGAAGCACCAAAACCUGCAGAACAAGCAGCUCCAAAGGCAGAUAAAGAAGAAGCUGCUGCUCCACAACCUCCUAAGAAGCUGUUGAAGGUCAAAGGAGCUCAUGAUGUUAAAUUGAGGACACCAUCUCCAAAGCACCAUCGCGCCCACACACCUCUAACCAGCACCGUUUCUGGAUCAGAGUCCGAAGGGGAGGAGGAUAGACGAGAGACGUUUGAAAUGUUCGUGGCUCGAGCCGACUGCAGUCCAAACAGUGGAAAUAAGGAGAGUUUUAUUGUGAAGGAGGGACAGUUUGUAGAAGUUCUGGACUCGGUUCAUCCUGACAGAUGGCUGGUGAGGACCAAACCCACCAAAACCAACCCGACUCGGCAGGGAUGGCUCUGUCCUGCCUACCUGGAGAAGAAGAGAAAGGAUACCUUUCCACAACUGAGAGCACCUCAGGAGGAUCUUGAUGGAAUCGGAUCUACAGGAGAAGAAUACAGAAGAGCUCUGAGUCAGCUGAUCCAAGGCCUGAUUGAUGGUGAGCAGGAGUUUGUGAAGGAGAUGAAGACGUUCAUCUCUCAGCAGCUGAAUCCUCUGGAGUCCAGCCACCACGUCCCCGUUAAUGUCCUCAACCAGAAGGAGAUCAUCUUCAGGAACGUCAAGGACAUCGUGCUUUUUCAUGAGCGGUCAGUCCUUCCUGGUCUGAGGGAAUGUUCCACAGACGAUGACGUCGCCAUGCAUCUCAUCAAACACUCUGAAGACUUUGAGAAGUAUCUCCACUACAUGGUGGGACAGCAGCAAGCAGAGGCCUGCAUCUCCGACAAGGCCGUCCAACAGCACUUCAAAGAGUUACCAGAAGCUGGUAAAACUGAUGCUGCUGUCAUGGACGUUCUGACUUUCCUCCAGCAGCCGGUGGAGAGGAUUCAGACCUACCAGGCUUUACUGAAGGAGUUAAUCAAGAACAAAGCUAAGAGUGGACAGAGCUGCUAUCUGCUAGAAGAUGCCUUCUCCAUAGUGUCCUGUCUGCCCUGGAGGUCUGACAACGUGCACCAGGUGUCCCUCAUCGACAGCUAUCCAGCUCCUCUCACUGCUCUGGGUGAACCUGUCCGACAGGGAGUUUUCACAGUUUGGGAGGAAUCUCCAGAAAUUAAAACCACCUCGAGAGGUCAUCAGAGGCAAGUGUUUCUCUUCAAGGAGUGUAUUGUUCUGUGUAAGCUGAAAAAAGACAGCAGCAUGAACCGAGACACCUUCAGCUUCAAGAACAAAAUGAAGCUGAACGAUGUGGAGAUAAAGGAGACUGUGGGAGGGGAGGAGAAGUCUUUUGGCCUGUGGCAUGAACACAGAGGCUCCAUGAGGAGAUACACUCUGCAGGGAAAUUCCACCUUAGUGAAACUGUCCUGGCUCAAAGACCUGAAGGAGCUCCAGCAGAGAUCCAGUCUGCUCACCAACAGUCCUCCAGUGUUUGACUUACUGCUGUCUGACUGCACAACAAAGAUAGGACAAACCAUCAAACUGACCUGUAAAGUCUCUGGAUCUCCCAAACCACUCAUCAGCUGGCUCAAAGACGGUCUCCCUCUGGAGGAUGAUCCACGUCACAUCAUCUCAGCAGACCGAUCCGGCUGCUGUAGUCUGAUCCUGGACAGUCUGACUGCAGAGGACUCUGGACAGUACGCCUGCUACGCUAGCAGCUCCAUGGGCAGCGCUGGCACUCUGGCUAAGGUGGCGGUUCAGGCUCCACCCAGGUUUGUGAGUCGACUGGAGAGUGCUUGUCUGAUAGAAGGAGAAGACAUCCAGUUCUUCUGUUCCACACUCACCACACCCUUACCAAGAGUCAGGUGGUUGAAGGAUGGCAGAGAGCUGACUGACCAGCAGAAAUACUCCAUCAUGAAUGAUCCUCGUAGUGGAAUCUUGUCUCUGACGGUUAUCGGGGCAACAGAGGCAGAUAUUGGACAGUAUGAGUGUGAGCUCUGGAAUGAAUUUGGCUGCAUCAAGUGUAAGGCAGGCCUUUGUCCCGCCUACGUACCGCCGACUGACAUCGAGAACGACCAACCACAAGACUUACCUCCCAAAGAUGCUGACUCAGAAGGCUGGUCCACUGCCUUUGUUAAAAAAUGGCUUCAAACUGACUUCAGCCCCACUUCUAUCGCCAAGAUGCUUUUUCCACCUGAAUACCCUGAACAUGCUGAGACCACCGCUGAAGCAGAUGUUCAUGUCUCCACACCAACACAACAACCAGUGCAGCCACCGUCCUACCUGGAGGAAGAAGAGGAGAUCUACAUCUCAGAGCCAAUGCUGGAAAUCACUGAUGCUCCUCCCUUCAUCCAGGUACCUGCUGAGGACCUGUGUGUAGAACCUGGACAAACAUCUACAUUUACAGCCAUCAUCACUGGAAGACCUGCUCCCAAGAUACAGUGGUUCAAGGAUGGAGAGGAGCUUGCAGCCAAUGAGAAUGUGAAGAUCUUGCAGCAAGGCGCUCGCUGUUCGGUGACCAUCGCGUGUCCGGAGGGCGAAGACAGCGGCGUCUACACCUGCUUCGCCCACAACUACUCCGGCCACGCUUCCUGUCAAGCUCAGCUGACGGUGGAGGAAGGUCUGCUGGAGAUUCAGGAGAGAGAGGUGGAGCUGGGGAAGAGACGGAAGUUAUUCUCCGUCUAUGACGUCCACGAGGAAAUCGGAAGGGGAACCUUCGGGGUAGUGAAGCGUGUCAUCCACAGAAGAACAGGGGAGGUCUUUGCUGCUAAGUUUCUUCCUCUUCGGAGCAGCACUCGGACCAGAGCCUUCCAGGAGAGGGACUUGUUGUCUCGUCUGGCUCAUCCCAGAGUAGCCUGUCUGCUGGACUUCUUCUGCACCAGACGAACGUUGGUGCUGAUCACAGAGAUCUGCUGUUCUCAUGGACUCCUGGACCAUUUAUUACUGAGAGGAUCAGUCUCAGAAAAAGAGGUCCAGUCAUACAUUCAGCAGAUCCUUGAAGGCGUCGGUCACAUUCACAGCAUGAACAUCUUGCAUCUGGACAUUAAACCUGAUAAUAUCCUGAUGGUUUAUCCACCGAGAGACGAGAUCAAGAUCUGCGACUUCGGCUUCUGCCAGGAAAUAGACACGUCCAGACACCAGUACAGUUUGUUUGGGACACCUGAGUUUGUUGCACCUGAGAUUGUUCACCAGGAACCAGUCACUGUGGCUACGGAUGUUUGGGCUGUGGGUGUUAUAGCCUACCUGUGUCUGGUGUCCCGAUGCCCUUUCGUGGGUGACACUGAUCGAGCCACGCUGCUCAGGGUCGGUGAAGGAACUCUGAACUGGGAUGCUCCUGACAUCAUGUACAGGAGUCCUGAAGCCAAGAACUUUCUCCACUCGCUGCUUCAGCCAGACCCAGAGAAGCGACCGUCUGCCUUUGAGUGUUUGAGCCACGAAUGGUUCCAGGAUGAACAUGUAGGAGAAGAUACCGAUGAAAUCAGCACAAAGAGUUUGAGAGUCUUCAUCUCCAAAAGGAAAUGGCAGCGUUCUUUGACUUGCAUCGGUUCAGUGCUCACCCUGAGGCCCAUUCCUGAGCUGCUCGAUGCUCCUCUCAGAGACACUGCAGCCACGGUGCCUCGAGAACCACAAGAACACAGCAGCAGCUCCCCGAGCAGCGGAUCCUCCUCCGAGUACGAUGAGGCCGAUUCCUGGGACUUCUUCCAACACUGCAGCCAGACUGAGGAGGAGGAGGAAACGGAGGAAGACUUUGAUCCGCUAAUGGAGAGAGCCCAGAUCCCUGAGCCUUUCACCAAACUCCACCUGGAUGCAGAGGAGGAUGAUGAAACUACGUUAGGGGAGGAAGAGGAUGUGGAGGUGGUGGGGAGGAGGAGUGUGUUGGAGCGAAGUGUGAGCAGGCAGUCCGUCGCUUCAUCGGAAGUUUCGUUCCAACAGACGCCUCAGAGGGAACGUCGUUUCAGCAAAGACAGCAGUCCAUCUCUCUGCCUGUCUGAUGGAGAUGAAGGUUCAGGGAGCGAUGGAGGUCGAAUCCCUCGAGGGAGCCUCAUCCGAAGCACUUUCUACAACACGUCUCAUCAGCUUUCACCGAUGUCUGCCAGACACAUGACGCUGCGGGACAAGUUCCAGGCCAAAAAGCAGGAAAGAGGCCGCAAGCCGCUCAGGAGGAGCUUCUCAGGACGCCUCAACGAGCCUCUUAUUGAAUACGUGGAGGAUGAAACGGAAACCAACCGCGGUCAGAGACGGGCAUCCAUCCAGCCCAGCAUGCAGAAGUCCUGCUCGUUUGACAGCGGAGUCGGCCUCGUCCACGCUAACGCACCGCCUCACAGGAGGAGUAGAUCUCUGGACGAAUCGCGUCGAUCUCCCAGCUCACCCGGACGAGCAAAACCAGGACAAGAGGAAGGUUCUCAGAGUCUGAAGGAAGACUUUACAGACGAUGAAGAGGCAGGGAGAAAGUUGCUGGCCAUCCCGAGCCCUCAGCGACCCACAAGAAGAGGAGGAUCUGUCGCUCCUGUACAAGGAACUCACACAGUAGGUGGAUCAUCUGUUCCUUCAAGCUUCAUUGCUGGAAACCGAAUGAGGCUGGAUCAGGAGCAGACGGAGGGAGGAACAUUUACCGGCUCCCAAGGAUCUCUGGCUGAGUCGUUUAUUUUGGAACAUGGCGGCUCCGAGUCUUCAAGCAGAUUCGGCUCGUAUGAGGAGCUGAGUCACGGUCAUCUCAGAGGAAAAUACCGAUCAGGAGAGAGUGACCUAUGUGAUGAUCAGAGUGAACCUCUCAUUUCACCUUCCCCCUGCUCAUUCCAAGAAGUCAAACCUAGGAGCUCGUUUCCUCAGGCGCCGCCACGUAAUCGAACUCGCUCCAAUCCCAACUUAUCCUCCAACAGCAGAGCUCAGCCGGGGAUGACGCUAACGCCGAGUCCCAGUCCCAGCCUGUCUUCUCUGCAGGCUCCAGAGAGGCCUCCCAGAGCCAAGGACAAGAAGGAGGGCUGUGGCCUCCAGAGACACGCAUCGGCUCCGGCCCUGGAGUUACGACCGCCUACAGGGAAGUCGCCCAAACUAGGACUGCUGAAGAUCUUCCGCAGACAGUCCUGGACCGGUCAUUCCUACUCCCAGCUGGAGAACUCUGAGUUAGGACCCACUCUAGGAGAGAUCAUGAAGCCGGACACACCCACCAUGUCUCUGAGGAAGAAGAUGAGAGCUUCAGCCUCCAGCCUGACCAAGCUGUUCACCAGGUCCAAGGAGGAUGUGAGUAAAGGAGGACCAAUAGUGAAAGGAUCAGCUCUCGUCUCAUCUGAAGAAGACCUCAGCAGUGGUCCUGAGAGCCCUAAAGAGAGGACCUCCAAACGUCUGCCAUCUUUCAGAAUACCUUUGUUUAAAAAGCCAAAAGAGCUGCCGGUUCGUCCCUGCAAGGCUGAGGUUCUGCAUUUAGACGGAGGUGGAGUUCUGCUGGUGUGGAGGCCGGUUCAGUCCAGCGACCCGGUUACUUACUGUGUGCAGUACUGUACAGACGGUGGGGAGUGGACGGUCCUGUCAGAAGAGGUAACAGAAAGCUGCUAUGUGGUGAAGGAUUUACCCACAGGAGCUUCUUAUGUGUUCAGAGUCGGCUGCAUCUCCAAGAGAGGAGCUGGACCUUUCAGUGACGCCUCAGCUCCUGUUGUCAUGGCAACACAUCCCGAAGAGAUUCACAUUCCUCUCAUUCAGACUCAGUCUCUGGGGUCAAAGGGAACCGGAUCAACAACUCACAAGAACUUCAGCUUCCUGUCUGAAAUCAACAGGGGUCGUUUCAGUGUAGUAACUGUGUGUCGGGAUGUUGAGACCAGCCAGGUGUUUGCUGCUAAGAUCACUCCUUACCAGGCAGAGCAGAGGCAGCUGGUGCUGAGAGAAUAUCAGCUGCUGAAGAGGCUUCAUCAUCCUCAUCUGGUCCAGCUUCACACUGCGAUCAUCACCCCCUGCUACAUGGUCUUAGUGGAGGAGCUCUGUCCAGGCAAGGAGCUGCUCUACAGCCUGGCUGCAAGAGAUCUAUACGCUGAGACUCACGUCGCUGAGCUGCUGGUUCAGAUUCUGGGAGCAGUCGACUACUUGCACAGCCGCCGGGUCAUCCACCUGGACCUGAAGUCCGACAACAUGCUAGUGGACGACAACAACCACGUCAAGAUCGUAGACCUGGGCUCAGCUCAGUCCUUCACGCCCGGACAGCCUCUGAGCAUCGAGCACAUCCAGGGAAUGUCAGACAGCAGAGGCUACCCCGGCAAAGUUUAUAUUGUGCUUCCUAAAGCUCCGGAAAUCCUGGAAGGUCAAGGAGUCGGACCGGAGACCGACGUCUGGGCGAUCGGAGUUCUGUCCUUCAUCAUGCUGAGCGCUGACAGCCCGUUUCAUGCAGAACACGGCUGGGAGCAGGACAAAAACAUCAAGAAAGGGAAGAUCCAGUUUGGACGCUGCUAUCCGGGUCUGUCAGAAGGAGCUUUAACCUUCAUGAAGAGCAGCCUGAAUAACAAAUCCUGGGGAAGGCCGACUGCAGCCGAGUGUCUCCAGAACCUCUGGAUACGAACACAUCGAGCUCCACACAAAGCACCGCGCUCCAAAGUGUGUUUCUCCACCGACAAGCUCAAAGCUUUCCUCAAGCAGAAAGAGGAGAAACGAGAUCAGGUGCGCAUCAAACUUCAGGGUCCCUUCUUCCAGUAAGGAACCAAAAAAAUACAUCUCGUCUAAAUAAAAUGGAGCUUUACAGCUUUGUGAAUCCAUAGAAAACAAUCAACCUGAUCCCUCAGAAUCAGAUAUUAUUUAUGUAACUUUAUUUUAUUUAAUGAACAAAUGCAAAGUUUCACCUUCAUACUGUGAAUGUUAUCCGAGUUACAGGACCUGAAAGUACAUAGAGGGGGGUUAAAAUGUCCUGCUUUUAAGUUCAUGUUGUUGUUUUACCACAGAAUAAAUCGUCUUUAUUAGAUGAUCCUGGUGUCAAAUGUAGUAAAAAUGAUCCUUUCAUUGUCUAUCACUAGUUCUGACCAACCACCUAUCACACAUGCUGAUAUGAGCCUUAAAGUUUACCCAGAAUGCACUUUUUACAGUUUUCUCCAUCCUCAUAUCAUCAUACUUCCACCUCCAUGCUUCACUGUCAGGACUAUGCAUUCACUGUGGAACUACUGGUCAGAAAAGACACAAAACAACCACAAAGAGACACAAAACCAUCCUUUAGACUUUACCCAGAAUGCAUUUUAAAAGUUUUCUCUGGUGAACUAUCAGAAACAGAAACACAUCCAGAGAACCAAUGAUUGAUUCUGGGACUCUGUCAUUAAACUGCUGCAGUUUUACUGUUCACACUGAGACAUCCCAUAAUACUGAUGCUCUGAUUUGGUUCAUUUUUUUCUCCCUUGUGUUAUUUUGCACAGUUUUUGUGUGUCUUUUUGACAGUUUUUUUUUUCUCUUUGUGCUCAUUUUGUUUGUUGUUUUUCCAACUUUCCGUCUCACUUUUCCUGUUUUGCGUCGUGGUUUUCUUGUUUUGUGACAUUUUGUGACUUGUUUUUCCUGUUUGGAUUUUCUCUCAUUUUUCUUUGUGCUUGUGUCUGGAUUUAGACAGCUUUUUAUCUUGUUUUUGUCAUUUGUUGCCUUUUUCUGUCUCCUUUUUGUUGUUUGGUUUGAAACGUCAAACUAAAUGUUCAUCAGCAUCGUUUUGUGUUUUUGAGACUGUUUUGUCUCUUUGUAACAAAAGCAUGUGGCACUGUGGUAGUACUGGUCAGAAGAGACACUAAACCACCAGAAAGAGACACAAAAACACCCCUAAACUUUACCCAGAAGUCACUUUUUUAAAGUUUUCUCUGGUGAACUAUCAGAAACAGAAACACAUCCAGGGAACCAAUGAUUGUUUCUGGGACUCUGUCAUUAAACUGCUGCAGUUUUACUGCUCAAACUUAUGAGACAUCCCAUAAUACUGAUGCUCAGAGUUGGAUAUAAUAGUGAUUUAGUUUCAGUUUUUAACAGAAUUUAAGUCAUCUGUCUAUCUGCUGGACUGAGUCCAUUAAAAAGUGAUUUAAAAAUGCUGAAUUUCUACCUACUUCUAUGUACACCAAGGGUUUGUAACUGAAAAUAUUCAUAGUAUGAAGGUAAAACUUUUCACUAAAGUUACUAAAAUCAGCGGAUUCUGAGGAGCUUUUUUCAGAUUUGGUUGAUUUUCUAUGGAACACGUUUUUUUCAGCUGUGUGUGUUUUCUGUUGGGUGAGAUUCAUAAAAUGACUUUGGUGAACCCUGAUGUUUAAAACUGUGAUGCGUCUUAAUGAGUUUCAAAGUGUACUUAGACAUUAGAUUGUGUGUUCUACGGAAACAUAUCAGGGAUUAAACUCUGAGAAGCGAUGAGUUCUAAAGUUUUGACUUUUCUGCUACAGUGUCAGAUUCACAUGUUAAAGUAAGAAUGUUUUCUGUGUUCUGCCUCCUACUGACGGCUUUAAACAGGAUUUUAUUUACAGAUUUUACAUGACUGAAUUGUAUAAAUGGGGUUAAAUUGUUGGGUUUCAUUCGAUGCUUCAUAUUAAUAAACAGUCCAGCAGCCUAGUGAAUGAAAUAUUUAUUAAAUGACAAAGAAGUGCUCA